AUGGAGGUUUUAGACUGCCACUGCCACAUAUUUACACAGUUGGUCCUCUCCAGUUACAUCAACCAGAUUCCACAAAAUGAGACACUCUAUAGGAUCAAAUCUGUGAAAGAAGAUAUCAAGUGUGUGAAUUGGCUUGAUUCCAAAGAACCCAACUCGUUCGUGUACUUGUGUAACGAAUGGGGAGUUGGCAUGGAGAUUGAUAGCAAUGUGAAGAUGGAUGAGGUUGCUAGGUUGGUGCGAGAAUUAAUGGAAGGAGAGAAAGGUAACAAGAUGAGAAAUAAAGCCAUGGAGUGGAAGAAGAAAGCAGAAGAGGCAACUUCAGCUGGUGGUUCCUCUUAUGCUACUUCGGACAAGAUUAUAAAUGAAAUACUUGUUAGGAAAAUCAAAUACCAAUAA